GGCGCCCACUUCUCGGCCGCGCUCUCCCAGGUCAGCGGCAGGGCUCGCUCCCGCGGCCCCGCGCUUCCUACCCAGGUCUCGAGUCUUCCUCGGAGUUCUGCCCGGCCCCCGCCUCCGCCAGAGGGAGCGGAAGGCCGAGACCAUUAGGUCGGCCUGGGGGCGGAAGGCGGGCGCGCGUGGGCGCGGGGGACGCAGUGAUGUCCACCGGCUCGGUGAGCGACCCCGAGGAGAUGGAGCUGCGGGGGCUGCAGCGGGGGUACCCGGUCCCCGCCUCCAAGAGGCCGUCCCUUCGCGGCGCCGAGGGCAGCUACAUCUCUCCCAGUGACAACUCGUCGGCCGAGGAGGAAGACCCCGAUGGCGAGGAAGAGCGGUGUGCGCUGGGCGCGGCCGGAGGCGCGGAAGGCUGCAAGAGGAAGCGGCCGCGUGUGGCUGGGGGCGGCGGCGGCAAGAAGCCCCUCCCGCCCAAGGGCUCGGCGGCCGACUGCAAGCAGUCACAGCGGAACGCAGCCAACGCCCGCGAGCGCGCCCGGAUGCGCGUGCUGAGCAAAGCCUUCUCCAGGCUCAAGACCAGCCUGCCUUGGGUGCCCCCCGACACUAAGCUUUCGAAGCUGGAUACGCUCCGGCUGGCUUCCAGUUACAUCGCGCACCUGCGGCAGCUGCUGCAGGAGGACCGCUACGAGAACGGCUACGUGCACCCGGUGAACCUGACAUGGCCAUUCGUGGUGUCAGGACGACCCGACUCGGACACCAAAGAAGUUUCGGCAGCCAACAGAUUAUGUGGGACCACCGCUUAGAUCGAACACAGUUGCUGGGAUUAUUGUUGAAGCGUCUGUGUUUGGGGGCGGAGAGAAAGGAGCGUGAGAACCACCACCCCUCCCGCCAGGGAAUGCGGGAAAGUUCCAUCGGAUUCUCCUCAAUUCUCCUAGACAGCUCCCCACCCGAAUGUGAACACGACACAUGGCGGGUGUCGGGAUCAGAGCCCCAAGGGUUGGCCGCGCGGCUGUCAUCGCAGGACGCUGAGGGCUGUGGCUGCUGCGGAUCCCGGGGAGGACAGUUUGUUUCUCCAAAAAGAGCUUCCUUCUGUCUGUACAGCGCGGAACCAGAUCCAACCUCGGACUUUAGCAGUAGACUAACCCGGCGCCAAACCGCCUAGGAGUUAGUUUCCCGACUGCGCCAGAUCUCUGUGUAUGACGGCACGGCUCUGCACAGCACAGGCGUGUGCUAGGUUAGGCAAUGCUUACUUAGAACGUGCUCAGGAUGAUUGGCUUUAAAGACAGCAGUGUUCGCGGGAGACCAACAUCGGGGCGUGUUUUUAAAUUGCAAAGACGGGCGAGUGGCGUACUUGGGCCAGGUUUGUACCCUACAGGGCAGCAGCCUCCUAGAUAAGGGGCUGCCCUCUGCACAGGGAGAGAUGGAGGCACGCUUUCAGGGACCACCCGGCCCGGGUUUGCCGGGAGCGCACUGGGCGGUUCUGCCUCCUCGUGGCAGUCAAGCUCUUCUCUCCCCCCAGGCUCCCGCCCCUUCCUAGCCGGGCUUCUGUCUGUGCUCCUCCCCACCUCCCCGUCUAGACUUGAGCCUCCCACCCCCGCGCCCCGCACUCAACCAGGUUCGGGUCUUCCGUCCACUUCUUCCUCCAUACCUCUUUGCAGCACCCCUCCAGCUCCCGACCACCCCCAGCCGGCCUCCCCUACCCAAGCUCUGGUGGCCUCCUCCUGCAGCACAGCCUCCCCGUGCCCACGUUCUUCCUUGCUGGAGGAGUGCGCUGGGUGGUCCGCUGAGCCCGUUGGGUACCUAAGGACCCGGCUCAGGGGACACGCGCCGCUGUCCCGAGGCUUCUCUAUCACAAUACUAGCAAAUGUAAAUAAAUUUAUUUUUGUAUGAAUAAAAAAAAGGCAUUGUGAAAUCUGAGUGGCCCUGGGCGCUGUCGGAAUGUGGUCUUUGUUGCCCUUUACCUAGUUUGGUACGAAAGUUCAUUUAGAGGCGCCUUCUUGGCCCCAGACUGGGAUUGGUUUUUUCUCGGUGAACGGAGCUGAUCCCAUUGGGAUCACUGCAUUUCCAAAUGUAACUCUCAUUACUUUCUAUUCUUCUGAUCCUUCUGGAGGCCAGGGUUCCUGGAAGGCAAGAACCCAAGGCUUAGUGUGCCUGAAGAGUCUUUUGGGGCCGAGGCCAUGUUGAAAUUUAUAUGCUCUACAAAGUAAUAUAGGUGCGCGUCUUACAUUUACACACACACACACACACACACACAGGAUGCUUCCUCUCACGUAAAGCACACUCCAGACCUUACAAUCGCAAGUCCUUCAGGAACCCCUACAGCCCACACACUGUUUGGGGGGUGACUCUCAGGUCUAAUUGGCAGAAUAAAAUCAUAAUACAAGCA